ACAACGACGCGUAUGGAAGAUUGCCCAAAAAUGGACUCUCUGCAGCUAAAAACAGAUAUCUGACCCGAGCAAUGAACGCAGUGGAAUGAUUGCUCUCCACCGAUCCGCGAUGCUUCACUGUGAAUAGAGGGAUAAACAGAAUUUCGCAAGCUGUUUUGCAUGCAGCCAACAGGGCGCAUGAAGUCUGGGAGAUAUUUUCCCACCCUGUUCAGUUCGUCCAGCGACCGUGCAGUGCGUGCACUGCUGGUUUUUAUGUAAAGGACCAAGGAGUGCCUGGCUUAAGCAAUAACAUUUUUUCCCCUGCAAGAUGUUUUGAGCUUCUAGGGGUCUGAGAGCGGCUGGUGUCGUCAGGGGGUUUCUUCACUGCGCAGACAAGCGGCGGAGCGUCUCUGCGCUACCGCACGUCUCCUCCACAACACAAAAGACAGUUCAGGAGGAAGGAGGCGGGGAGCUGGAGAAGGUCUUCGGGCUGGAAAUCUGGAAAUAUACAGCGUUAAAAUGACGAUGUCCGUCCCGGAGAGGAAAUCAGGCUCGGAGGGGAAGGAAGAGGAGAGCGAGGAUGAGAGUGAAAUCUUGGAGGAGAGCCCGUGCGGCCGCUGGCAGAAACGGAAAGAGCAGGUGAGCCAAGGUAAUGUCCCAGGCGUGGAAAGUGCCUCUCUGGCCAUGGACACAGAGGAGGGCGUGGAGGUGGUGUGGAAUGAGGUGCUCUUCUCUGACAAGAAGGUCUUCAAAUCACAGGAGGAGAAGAUCAAAGAGAUGUUUGAGAACCUGAUGCAGGUGGAACAUCCCAACAUUGUCAAGUUCCACAAGUACUGGCUGGACAUGAAGGAGAGUCAGGCGCGGGUUAUAUUCAUCACAGAAUACAUGUCGUCGGGGAGCCUCAAGCAAUUUCUGAAGAAAACUAAGAAGAACCACAAGACUAUGAAUGUAAAGGCCUGGAAGAGAUGGUGCACCCAGAUUCUCUCUGCCCUCAGUUAUCUGCACUCUUGCGACCCACCAAUAAUCCAUGGCAACCUGACGUGCGACACCAUCUUCAUUCAGCACAACGGCCUCAUCAAGAUCGGCUCAGUGUGGCACCGGCUAUUUGUUAAUGUGUUUCCAGAUGCUAGUGUCCAUGGCAAAGGAAGGCAGCAUCGCGAUGAGCAGAGGAAUCUUCACUUUUUUGCUCCAGAAUAUGGAUCCAGCGAAGAUGAUUAUGCCAUCGAUAUUUUCUCCUUUGGCAUCUGUGCUCUAGAGAUGGCAGUACUGGAGAUCCAGGCCAAUGGAGAUAUUGCUGUGUCCAAGGAGGCCAUCGUCAAUGCAGGUCAAUCUCUGGAAGAUCCUCUCAUGAGAGAGUUCACCCAGUCUUGUUUGCGCCACGAAGCCAAGCUCCGUCCUACGGCUCACGACCUUCUGUUCCACCGAGUCUUGUUCGAGGUCCACUCCCUCAAACUGCUCGCCGCCCACUGCCUCAUCAACAACCAGUACUUGCUUCCAGAAAACUGUGUGGAGGAGAAAACCAAGUCCUUUGACCCCAACGCUGUCAUGGCAGAGAUUAAACAUGAAGACAGACAGGGAGUUCAGCUCAAAUAUUCCCACGUGUCCCCUUUGGAACUUGACAAGUUUCUGGAGGAUGUCAAGAAUGGGAUUUACCCCUUGAUGAACUUCGCCUCGUCCAGGCUUCACCCUGUCCCUCGUGCCCUCUCCUUGUCUCAGGAGCAGGUUGAGACGGUCAAGACGCCAACUCCUGAACCCCAGGAGACAGAAACAAGGAAGGUUAUUCAGAUGCACUGUAAUUUGGAGUCAAAUGAAGAAGGGACCAAAACUCAUGUGAGUCACAUAGUAUUACAGCUCUCUUUGUUUCUGAAGAUGGAUGACAAACUUCAUAGGCAGCUAAGCUGUGAUAUCCUUCCAACUGACACCUCCAAAGACCUUGCCAGUGAACUUGUUCACUACGCCUUCAUAAAUGAGGAGGACAGUGAGAAGGUAGCAGGGUACCUGGAAGACGCCAUUAGCAGACACCGGGUCCGAGCACUCGCUUCUGAGAGCGCACAGUGAGGAGGGCUCACGACAGCGGCUGGCCCAGACAGAGGGGCCCGGGCGUUGACUACAAGGAUCAAGAAAGGGAGAGGGCAGCAGGCAGGAUCACACAGCUGGAAACUGAGGGAACAGAGGGCCCAACAGGGGAUAAAAAAGGACAUAUACAGAAGGACGCUGGGCAUUGACAGUCAGUAAUCCAUCCCAGAGAGGAGGAAACGCCAGCAAUGUGAACGGAACCGAAGGCACCUCUGAUUGGAGGACCAGAGGCAUCAUGGCUGUGUUCAGCAAUCCCACAAAGCAGUGGAAGAUUGACAAACUCCCUGCCUACAAGGGCUGUCAUGCCUUAAGAUAUCUUGACAACCUAGGUUUUCCAUAAUGCCACUAUUCAGAACGGAUAGGUUUUACUUACAAAUGCAGCACCUGUGUUCUCAGAAGGAUGUGUUAUUGCUCAUAAGCUGCGUUGCACUCACAAUGUCCACUUUGAUUGGUGAUUAUUUACUUUGAUUGCAAACAAAGUAAUUUAUUAAAGCCUCUCUCCCUUACAAGCCAGAACCUUCAGUUUAUUACAGUUUUAGGAAUUCAAUAUCCCGUCCAACAUGCACUGUUAAUACUCAUCUAGUCGACUUAUUUAUUUCUGUUUAACUGUGAACAAUAGAUGCUUUGCACAUGUUCUUUUUUGGCUUUACUUUCAAUGACCUGGAAAGUUAACACACCUCACUGCACUCUUGGGUUAAAGGCUACUUCUCCCAGAGCUAAACACGCCAUGCUUAAAUGUAGUGAUGAGCAAUGAGACGAUGCCUCUCUUUCAGCCUGUAGUGCUCUUAAGGGUUUUCCCUGUGAAAGUGUUCUGAAAGCCAAAGACUUGCAAAGUGCCUGAUAUGGCAAUGUACUUUGGUUAAAAUUUCCUAAUGAAACGACAUCACACCCAACUUAGCAAUUUGUAAUUUAACUCAUUCAUGCUGACAGUUUUAAAACCAGAUGCAUUGAUUCAGACUAGUUCCCACCUCUUAUCAUGAGUCCACACAGUCAGUCUUAGUGAAUGUGAAGAUGAGCUUAACACCUGGUAAUGGCAACUCCAUUAACAGCUGCAGCCCCACUGUAUAUUGGACAUAUGGAUCAAGUGAUGACGCUCUCUCUGCAGUCAAUAUUAGUUUGGAAAGAGCUGCAGCUUGUGCACAAAAAUUGGAAUACUUUAUGUGAAGCUUGUGAAGUCCUAUAUAAGUGGGAGGAAAGGUUGGUGUUGUGAUCUUAAAACUUGUUAAUAAAAAUUGCCAUAUUGUUGAUAAAUAUUACUGCUAUACGUAUUUUUAAGGUACUUCCGAAAUCUGACGAUAUUUUCUAACACCAAAUUUGUUUUGUAAAUGUGUUUUAGAGGUUUUUAAAGGAAAAAUCUACCCCAAAAACUUAAACAAUGUGUGGUUUUAGUGUUUUCGUAAACAGCAAGCUGCAGGUGAUUAAAAAAAAAAUCAUCUGAUAGAGGAGUUAAAUAUUUUGCUUUAAACACGGUCAUUUCCCAGUAUCACACCCACUGUAUUUAUAUAUCAGGCAAUAUCAGUGUGAACUGAUUGCACUGCAGCCCAAACAAGCACAAAAAUAGAAAUAAAUCCCUUCAGCUCUGCUAGAACCCAGUAAAAGACUACCAUUUGGGUGGAUUUUUCCUGAACAAAAAAAGCGAAUUGUCCUCAGCAGUAUACUCUUUGUUUGUCAGACUCAGAUAGCGCUGCUUCAUUUGUUUCCCUGGUCUGUAACGUCACGGUUUCAUAACAGUUAAACUGCUGUACAGUCAUUGCUUACAGUACUUACUUACUCUACUCUGUGUCAAGCCUUCUUAUCAGUGUGUCUCUGAAAACAGGAACCCUGAAAUCAUUCACCUACUAGACGCUGUGGUGUAAAUAUUUGUUUGUGGCUAUUAAAGGGGUUGACUUUUAGACAGACUUUCAAUGCAAAGCAGUGCCACAGUUGCUCUCAUCUGGUCUUGUAAGCUGCAUGUCUUAAUAGCCUGCAACCAUUCAAAAGUUUGCAUUUUGCCUUUGUCAGUGACAGUACAGUUCCGGAGGGGACCUGACCAAGAAAAUGAAUGUUUAGACUGUGCAAACAUGAAAAAAACCUGUCCAUAUCGGUCUUAUUUUAUGUCUUUUUUCCCCCAGUGAAUCUGUUGAAUGAAACUUGCCUUUGGAUGUGUUCUACUUAAACCUCUGUUUAAUAUUGUAGCUACUGCAAUUAAAUACAUGACAAUAAAUAAUAUGUGACAUGUUG